CACAGCACAUGCAUCCACCCCUUCAUCAGCCCCACACAGUCCAAAAGUCGCUGCCGACCAGAGAUACAGUAGCGUAAACCAUUACCAUGGCUGCAGAAGAUGAUCCUUUUGGCGCGUUUGGAGAAGAUGAUGAUGAUGAUGACGAGAAGGACGGUGAUGAUUGCAAUGUAGUAUCCAGUACAGCAUCAGUGCCAGAAUCUGGACAGCAGCAGGCGAGACGCGACCCUUCCUGUGGUGUCCUUGUCUUCCACAAUGGUACCGAACAAGCACUCCUCCAUCAUGUGGAACGAGAAAUGGAAUUGUUGGCUGCUUCUGACCAACUGGAAACAGCCGAGCAAGUAAUGAAACUGGUAGACCAGUACUGUUUCUCGAGGCAUUGGAUGAUGCACAUUGGGGAUCAAAAGGGUAUCAUCCUCAAGGAUUUCAUCAGGGAGUUUUGCCAGGAACACCAGAAUCGCCUCAUCAGACAGACAAAACCAGAACAAACGGUGAUCAUGGUCGAACUGGGGACUUAUUGUGGAUAUUCUGCCAUUCUCAUGGCAUAUACCAUCUUGGAAUUCACCCGA